AUGGAACUGACAACAGAGCAACUUGAGAGUGCAAAAGUUAAACUGAAACAAUAUUUACCCCACUCUAUAAAGGUGUACGGAUAUUUGCAGCAGAAGCUCAGGACCAGUCAGUCUGAUCCAGUAAAGUUUUUUGUGGACCAAUGGCCUGACUUUAGUGUUGUUGUUUGUAAACCAAUUUGUGAAAAGGAAGAGGACUUGUUUAAAGACAUAGACGUUUUUGCAAACAAUGAAGCAACAUUGGAAGAAAUAAUACGGAAUUCUAAAGUGUUUGAUUGGUCAAAGGCCUUCUGUGUUGGUACUCAUCUUGUCAACAGGGCAAUAUUUGCAACAGUGGCAUUAGAAAAACACACUGUAUGCAGACAUCUGGCUGUGUGUCAGAGAUUAAUCCUAGAAGAUGUGUCCAGUCUUCCUGAUAUCAACUGUGCUGGAAUCUCUAUAGGUUCUUUGAAUGAAUCCCACAUUGAAAUUGUCAUUAAGACGUGGAAGUUUGGAAGAAAAGACGCUUGGGGGAUGAUUAAAAACAUGGUGUUUAACUUCCCAUCCUGUUGCAUUUUGGAUGCAGAAGGAAGGCCUGUGUCCUGGGUUUUAACAUAUGCAUGCGGCUCUAUGGGGAUGUUGUACACCGUUCCUGAACAUAGAGGAAAAGGCUAUGCCAAAAUGGUGAUCAGUGCACUGGCCAGAAGAUUCUUUACUGAGGGAUACCCGGUGUACUGCUUCAUUGAAGAGGACAACACAGUCUCCUGUCAGCUUUUCAAAGGGUUAGGAUUUACUGAAGACGACCCUACAUACAGAGAAUGUUGGUUUGACUUCACACCAAGUGCUACAUAA